AUGUCGCACCUUGUGGGCGAUGGAGAUGUUGACACUUUCGCUAGCUUGGUGGAGGCGUUACGACGCAUUGAUGCCAUUUGGGCACUUGAGCCGCUGCGUAAGGAAGGUGUCAAGUCUGCUAGGCACCUGGAACACUUGUCCAGGCCGGAGCUUCGGCGCUUGCUGGGGCAUGAGGCCUCUGAUAGGUUUUUCGCUCCGCCAAAAGUAGCCCGAAGCAAAAACAGGGCUGAUCUUCCCGAGGUGCACCCCUAUGCCAGAGGUUCACUGCAGCGCCUGGGGGUUGUGCAGCAUGGCCCAGGGCAGGUCGCAGCAGUCAAUUGGGCACAGGCGGACGAGAGGUUUAUGCGCGAUAGGUUCGCAUCCACGUCACACAAGCCCCGAGAGUCGCGCUGGUCCACCUGGACCAAGUUAUGCAGAGUCCGGGGGAUUGACCCCGUGCCGGUCACUGAGGAAACGAUUUUCAAGAUUGGUGCCGCCCUCAAAGAAGGCCGUUAUCGGUCCGCAGCGCAGUACUUCAGCAUCGCCAAGUCGCAGCACCGUGAGCUUGGCUUUCCUUGGUCAGCAGACCUCGACCUUGCUGUGUCGCAAGCCGUUCGCAGCGUCACCAGGGGCAUGGGGCCGGCACGCCUCAAGCAUGACUUCGUCUUGGAGAACGCCCCGGCGGACUUUGGCGCUCAGCUUCACUUGGCUUACGACAUCCUUAAGGUUCCGCCCGAACAAAGGUUCGCCAGCCCCGAGGGCGUGGUCGUGUCAGCGUGCUGGUUUAUGCUCCGUGGAAUAGAGCUGGCCAACGUUCGCUGCGCAGAUGUUACUUUUCGCAGGGACGAACGCUCUGUUCGCAUCCGCCUUCCGGUCUCCAAAACCGACACAGAGGCCAAAGGCUGCGAAAGGUCGCACUCGUGCUUCUGUCGCCCGAGGCAUGCCCCAGGUUGUGCUAGUUCGCAGGAUGCAGCUACAAUGUUCACACCGCUCCAGAAGUGUCAGUGCCAAGCAGGCCGCCAACCUUUGUGCGUCUUCCAUGCGAUGCUGUCUCAGUCGAUUUCGUUGCGGAGACAAGGUUCGUGGCAGCCCGAGUCCCCUUUCUUCCCAAGCCCCGAUGCUUCGGUGCCGAGCAAGCGAAUGGUCGCACGGCUCGCCCAGGCAGCAGCACUCGUGCUCAUGCGUGCACAGUUCACUGACUGGCCAUUGGAGUCGGUUGUUGAUUGGGCUCAGCAUUCUUUUAGGGUCGCAGGCGCCCAGUUCUUCGCACGUGGAGGCGUCCAGUUGGGGCAGAUCCAGCUCGUGGGUCGCUGGGGAUCCAUGUCUAUCCUUCGCUAUGUCCAGGACGCCAUGGUCCAGAUCCCGAGUGCUAGCUCUGAUCGUAUCGAGCAGUACUUGUCCGGUGGUUUGCCUGGAUCCUUUGCUAGUUCGCAGUUGCAGAAUUUGGUCCGCGACAUGGUUGCGCAGUGUGUUCAGGGCCAAGGCGCCUUGGUGCAUAACAUUAGGUCGAAGUUGGCUCAUAAGCCUGCGCUGGCAGAAUCCAGCGAUUUUCGCAGUGCACUGUUUGUUUCCCCGAGUCAGCCACAUUGGCAUCAGCAGCAUCUGCAGCUCGAGAAGAAGGAGAGUCAGGCACGGACAGCAGCUCUUCUUGAAAGCCUCAUGGCGACCGCGAUGCCCGACCUUCAGGCGCAGGCGCUGGCGGCGGGCCUUGACAAGAAUGUGCUGGCUCACCUGGUCGCUUCGGGCAUAGUGACGUCGGGCGCCUUCUUUCAUGCCUUCUCAGAAAGGUCGCGCAUUCCCAAGUUUUUGGAGGUCUUCGCCGCCGGGGUCGAGAUCAAUGGGGCUACAGCCAAGCUGGACGAUACUGGGCUCAUGGUCGCAGAGUCGGUCAUGAACCACCCUAUCGACGAGUUCACGGUGGCACGGCAAGCGCUUUUGGUUCCGAAGCACUUGCCAGCUGACUACUGGUCGCAGUUCAUCAAGGACUACCAGAAGGACAUGAUUGGGGGCCAAGUUCGCCAAUUUCCAAAACACCUCUUGGUAGGAGCCGAGGAAACGCUAGCUAGGCUCGUUCACGAAAAAAACACCUCUACCCACAAGCCCUUGAAACUGGGGGAGAUCCCUAGCCAACGCCAGUUCACGGCGAGUGGCGCAGUGAACCCCUACCGCAUGAAGGACGACCCAUCUGCAAAGAUGGUCGUUCGCGAGGACGGGCAGUGGGAGAAGAUCACGACCAAGUUUCCAGAGCCGCAAAGAAUGACUACAUUCCUGGACGCGAUCGAGGCGGCCAAGUACGCGUUGUUGUUCGCAAGGUGGGGCCCGGAGCUGGCGCUGGAAGAGUGGUUCACAUGGUGGAGCAACCUUGUUCGCGACCACCCAGGCAAGUUUCCGCACCUUCGCCAGUUGUGGGUUAAAUGCCACUGGGAGUUGUGCAUGAAACUCCGUGAGGGUCUCGCUUUCGGGGUUGCUGCAAAACAGGUUCGUGCCGAAACCAACGUCCAAGAGGCAUUGUCACGAUUUCUUCCCCCGGACAACCCUAAAGGCAAGGGGAAAGAGAAGGGCAAAGAAGUCGCGCAUCGCCUGUGGUCGCCGUACCCGCCUCAGUCCAAAGGCAAAGGAAAGUUUGCAAACCAGUGGAGCGCCGCCGCGGGGCAACCGCAGCAAACACAGGCUCAGUCGUUUCCCAAUGUCCAGUGCAGGUUGUUCGCCCAAGGAUAUUGCAAGUUCGGCGCGCAGUGCAAGUUCGCGCACGGAACAGCACGGGGCGCCUACAUCGCCGCAGCAGGUAUGGAGCCGCUCAUCUCGUGGUCGUUCGAAACAGACCCUGACUGCACCAAGGUCUGUGGAGAAAGACACCCAACCGUGCAGCACAUGGGCGAUGCACUGUGCAUCAGCCCGCACGCAGCGGCCUCCCGAUUGGCAGCGCUCGCCCCAGAAUCCUCCGUUGUGUUGGUGACCGCAGCCCCACCGUGUCCGGACUUCAGUAGCAUCAAGGGAGACAAUGCCCUGGGACCAGCAGGGCCCGAAGGACAAAAAUUUGUUAAGUGGGCGAAGUGGCUUCAAGAGUUCAAACAGGUUGCUCCUUUUCAGGUUGUUUCCUUGGUUGAGAACGUAGUAAUGCAGCACGAGUCGCAGACACAGGCCACGUUUGUGGUGGACGGACGCCUUUCAGCCGCCAGUCGCCUUCCACCAAAGAAGAAGAGACGAGCCGAGAGCCCGGGCACCGAGGCCAGAUGGCGGCAAGACGCACAGCAGUACCCGCCUUGGCAGUACCGCCGCACAGCUCUAGUCAGAGUCGCAGGGGUGGAUGCCCCUCCGGACGCAGCCACGCGUGAGUGGUUGCACGGCUUCCCUCCGGGAUACACUGCCAGCGUUGACGCCAAGACUAGGUGCAAACAGCUAGGUAACUCUUGGCACCUCCCAGUGUCCAGGUUCCUGUUGUACCUGCUGCUGUUGCAGUCCCAGGUAGCCCGAGCAGCCUCGUCCCCGACCGAACAGUGGUACUGUCGCCUACCGGACCCCACAUCACAGCUUCGAUGGCACCCGGACGGGUCGCGCCCGUUGCUCCGUGCUUUUUCGUUCUGGACACGUGCCUCCCUGCAAUGGGACCCGCGGGAACCUCCAUCACACACUUUGCAGGGCCCGCCCGACAGCGUGCAAGAACACCUGGCGUGGGCCUUAAAGUUGCAGUGUUCAGACCUGUUUCCGCUUCGCCUCAACUCGUGUCUCGAAUGGGCAUUUCAGGCUCAGGAAACAAUGGCUGCGAAACUCCCUCUCUGGAGGCAGACCGUGUGCGACGACCUGAAGUCCUUGGUCGCAGAGCUGGAGGAGCAACAGGACACUUGGCUUCAGAGCUCGCCCGAGCAUGUUCGGAAGGUGUAUAUGCAAGGCACAGGUAAGGUCAAAUUCCAGUUGCUGGCGUUUGCUUGGUUGCUUUCGCAAGGCGGCUUCCCGGCCUGGGAAGCCCUUGUCUCCGACUUGUACUGGGGUUUCCCAUUGCUGGGCCCGCUUCCUCAAGGUGCGCAGUGGGACACAAGGUCAGACUCGAAGUAUUCUCGCCCCCUCUCAAAAGCAGAGUUCGCUUACAAAAAUAGGGCUCACUUGUGCGAGAGUGCGCCCGCUCUGAGGCCCGUGGAGCACACCGAAACCAUGCUCGCCGAGUUGCAAAAAGAGAGGGACUUAGGCAGGGUUGAGGGCCCGUUCGACGUCAACGACCUUCUGGUAGGGAAGUUGCCGCAAGACAUUAGGCCCCCGAUCGUCCAAGAAUCGGAAGGGACUACCAAGGUCCGCAGAGGAGACGACUGGCUCCGCAGUUCACACAAUGAGUGCGUGUGGGUGCAAGACACGCCGCCAUAUGCUGGUGCCCCUACCGUCGCAUCUUUGGUCAGGAGGGCUUCGCGCAAGGAGGUGCCAGCAACGUCCGCAACGGACCAGCAGGCCCUGUGGCUGCACCUUGCACUUCCAUUCGGGUCUACUGGCUCGGUGUGGAGUUACGUUAGAAUCGCAGAUGCCUUGACUUUUGUGGCACUCACACUACUGAUGCUCCCUACUGCCCAUUACGUGGACGACUUCUUUCAGGUCGAGCCAACCUCAGUAGCCGAGUCAGGCUUUCAAGCGUUCCAACAGCUCAGCAGGCUGUUAGGUCUGCGAAUGAAAGAAUCGAAAGCUAAGCCGCCUUCGCAAGACCAGACACUUCUGGGAGUUAGGUGGCAGGUUUGCCCGCCUUUUCUCUUGGCUAGCCCGGGAGCACAACGCAUUGCAAAGUUGUGUUCGUGCAUUGCAGCCAUCUUGCAGGCAGACACAUGUUCGGUUGCCGAGGCGUCUAAACUUGCUGGUAAGUUGGGGUUCGUGACUUCUUGGGUUUUCGGUUCAGUUGGCAAGGUCCUCCUCAAGCCACUGCAUCGGCUUCAGCACGCUCACAGUGCGAAUCACAAUAAGUUGUCUGCGCCGCUUCGCAGGUCACUUGAGCUUUUGUUACAGCUUCUACCCCAGCUUCGACCAGUCCGCAUCCCCUGCCAGCUUUCAGCCCAGGGGCUCAAGUUCGCCAUUGUGUAUGCUGAUGCAUUCAUCAACCUAGGUGGCAUUUCGAGGUGCGCAAAUAGAUGGCUGGCAGACUCCCCGCCGCUAGAGGUCCUAAGAGACUCUUCCAACGGCAUAGGAGUGUGCGUGAUCACGCAGAGACGUCGGUUCGCUUUUCGCACUGAGGUACCGACCCACGUGUUGGCUAAGGCAGCAUCCACUAAGGCUUUCAUCUUUUGGCUGGAGGCAGUUGCACAAUUGCUGGCGCUUGCGGCCCUGUACGAGGAUAACCCUGACUUUGUGGUUUGCUUUGUAGACAACACGGCCGCGGAGCACGCGCUCAAUAAAGGCCACACCAAAGACCCCGCGUUCGCAUGGUUGAUAGGAGCCUUUUGGGUCUGGGCCGCUGAGGCAGGAUGCCUGCCGAUGUUCCAUCGAGUAACAUCCGCAGCUAAUCUGGCAGACGGCAUAUCACGUGGCGACUUGUCGCUCAUGGAAUCCUGCCAGUUCGCUCUGUAUGAGUACAAGCUCGACGAUGUUUGGCAAAUCCUGCUCCGGUUGCAGAGCCAGCCAGAGAACCUCGAGCAGUGGCAGUUCGCGGAAGUGGUUCGCUCCCUCAGCCGGGGCCUGCUUACCCCAACGUCUCAGUGA